GGUGUGCAUUUGUCAUUCAUUUGCUCAUGCUGUUGCCAGCGAGUGUUUACUGUCACUAACCCGUGCUGCUACUUAACACACAGUCUCUUAUUUCUAUUCUCUGCACAGAGGGAGAGAACAGGUUUGUGCAGUUCUGAGAGAACAGAUUAGUCAGGAAUUUCAGUCCACUUCAUUGAAACCCAGAAAUUAACAACAGAUAAGGAUCAGCUUGCCCACCCAGCCAAUGUACCUGCAGUGACUGACAACUUCUCAAGUCCUUUAGAUCAUUUCACAACAGAAUGUCACUGAAGCAUGCUCUUCUACCAAUUACACUCCAGAAAGACUAGACAUUAUAGGUGCCCAUAAACCCUAUUUAUUAAAAUGAAGGAAUAAUUUGAUAUUUUACAAGCUUCAGGCUUUAAUAUACACAGCAAAUCUUUCUAAAUUGUUCAUGCCCAGCUAAAUCAUUUUACAGUCUUCCUAGGUUGUCAUGCACUUGGUAUUUGGUGCAUACCACCUACCGUACUCACAGUACUUUAAACAGUCAGUAUGAUAAAAUGUGACCAUGCCAGUUAAUUAAUAUGUGCUCAGGUUUAGGAUACAUAGAAUUUAUUUUGCAGGUGCCUGUUUUGUUUACUGUCCGUGUCCUUUCUGUAUAAGAAUAAGUCUCAAUUAUAGGGAGGGAGGGGGAGGAGCCCAGCUAGGUGGUGUUGUUUCCUGGAGAUCCUUAGUGAUGCUUUUUGAUUUCCGUCACAAACAUCUCCUGCAGCCUCACCCCUGCUAUAUCUCCCAAUGCUUCCCCUUGCUCACCCACCUUUAAUCGAUGCAUGCUGGCGCUACCUGUAGCAUGGUGGUCACCCCCCAGUGGCUUUCAUUUCCCCACAUGAAGAUGAGGAAGAAGAAGGGAGAGAAGCAAUCUCCGCGCCUGCCUGCUAGGGCUGCGCUUUACAUUGUCGAAGGUGGCGAGUCCCUGGGCAGCGAAUCUGGAACAAUCGUGGACAGCCCUGGACAGCACCCUCCGUAUCGUGGAGAGGUGAAAAGCGAUCAUUACGACUUGCCCUCCCCCACCCGCCAUUCCUCGCACCCAGGGCUUCAAUGGAGUCAGCGUGCAAGAUUGCAGCCGGCGAGCGUCGCCCUGCGUAAGCAGGAAGAGGAGGAAAACAAGAGAUCCAAAGCCUUAUCAGACAGCUAUGAACUGUCCAGUGACCUGCAGGACAAGAAGGUGGAAAUGUUGGAGAGGAAGUAUGGGGGGUACUUUCUCAGCCGACGGGCAGCUCGCACCAUCCAGACGGCAUUCAGACAAUAUCGCAUGAACAAAAACUUUGAACGUCUACGCAGCUCGGCCUCUGAGAGCCGCAUGUCUCGUCGCAUCAUCCUUUCCAACAUGCGCAUGCAAUACUCUUUUGAGGAGUACGACAAGAGCCACAAUGUCCCCUACUUCCAGGGAAAGCCUGUGUCACUGGAUGAGGGGGUGGCGGCAUGCCGUGGGCAGGAGGAGAGAUGCCUACAGUAUGGGGGUUCCGGCAGUGGCAUCGAUGGGGAUUCUAUCAACACAUCUGGGGAAUUUUGCAACGAGAUCACAGAGCUGGAGGAUUCCUUUUCAAAACAGGUAAAAUCUCUAGCGGAGUCAAUAGAUGAUGCCCUUAGUUGCAGAUCCAUGCAUUGCUCGGAUCCACGAGACGAAAAAGGAACCUUGGAGAAAGGCGAGAGCAAGGAGCAACAUGUGGACAGCACAGCCACUUCCUUCAGUGAUGUCACACUUUAUAUGGAUGAAGGUGUCCCUGUGUCACCUCUUUCUCUUGAUCGGCCACCCAGCUCUGACCAGGACACACCACAGGGAACCAGUUCUCGGCAGGAGUACUGGGCUACCUCUUCCUCUAGGGAAGAUAGCAGGGAGAACGGGAGCCGGCGAAGCACUCCUUGCAUGGAGUGCCGGGACUUCCGUAUGAGGGGGGCGCACCUCCCUCUGCUUACUAUUGAACCCCCUAGUGACAGCUCUGUGGACUUGAGUGACCGCUCAGAUCGAGGGUCUCUAAACAGACAAGUUGUUUAUGAACAAGAGAACUGCAGCCCACAUGGGACUCUAAAACAGGCGCCUAACAAAGGCCCAGCACGUUCCCCAAACCCACAUCGUCACUACCAUCCAGAACCGCCCCCACCUCCGACGGACUCUGUAGGAGGGAACAAUGGCCCUGGUGUUGGGGGUGGUUUGGGAGGGGUUCGGCAUCUUCACCAUGGAAAACAAGAGCUCGGGGAGAAUUCAGAUGGAGAUAAUGAGAGCCUAAAUAGCACUACCAACUCCAAUGAAACUAUUAACUGCAGCUCAGGCUCGUCUUCCCGGGACAGCCUACGGGAACCCCCCAACACUUUGUGCAAGCAGACGUAUCAACGGGAGACAAGGCACAGCUGGGACUCGCCUGCAUUCAACAAUGACGUGGUGCAGAGGAGGCAGUACCGCAUCGGACUUAAUCUUUUCAACAAGAAGCCAGAGAAGGGAAUCCAAUAUCUAAUAGAGAGAGGCUUCCUCUCAGAUACACCAGUUGGCGUAGCUCAUUUCAUCCUGGAAAGGAAAGGCCUGAGUCGGCAAAUGAUUGGCGAGUUUUUGGGAAACCGUCAGAAACAGUUCAACCGGGAUGUACUGGACUGUGUGGUGGACGAGAUGGAUUUUUCCAACAUGGAUUUAGAUGAUGCUCUGCGCAAAUUCCAAGCUCACAUUCGCGUUCAGGGAGAAGCACAGAAAGUGGAGAGACUCAUUGAAGCGUUCAGCCAACGUUAUUGUGUGUGUAACCCAGCCCUUGUGCGGCAGUUCCGUAACCCAGAUACAAUUUUUAUCUUGGCCUUUGCCAUUAUCCUGCUAAAUACGGACAUGUAUAGUCCCAGUGUUAAAGCUGAACGCAAAAUGAAACUCGACGACUUCAUCAAGAAUCUGCGCGGGGUGGAUAAUGGUGAAGACAUUCCCAGGGACCUACUUGUGGGGAUUUACCAAAGGAUCCAGGGUCGGGAGUUAAGAACAAACGAUGACCAUGUGUCUCAGGUGCAGGCUGUAGAACGUAUGAUUGUCGGAAAGAAGCCGGUUCUAUCUCUUCCACAUCGACGACUAGUCUGUUGUUGUCAGCUGUACGAGGUGCCAGAUCCAAAUCGACCGCAGCGAAUGGGCGUCCACCAGAGGGAGGUCUUCCUCUUCAAUGACCUGCUAGUGGUGACAAAGAUUUUCCAGAAAAAAAAAAUCUUGGUGACCUACAGUUUCCGGCAGUCCUUCCCCCUCGUGGAUAUGCAGAUGCAGCUCUUCCAAAACUCUUAUUACCAGCACGGCAUCAAACUACUGUCUGCUGCUCCUGGGGGUGAGAGAAAAAUACUUAUAAUAUUCAACGCUCCAAGCUUGCAGGACAGGUUGAGAUUUACCAGUGACCUGCGAGAAUCUAUUGCUGAGGUCCAGGAAAUGGAGAAAUACCGGGUAGAGUCUGAACUAGAAAAACAAAAGGGGGUUAUGCGACCCAACACCUCCCCUGGGCCUGGUAUGAAGGAAGCUGUAAAUGGAACAUUGGGUAGGCCAAGCCUUGAUGACACAUAUGCACUAGGGGAAGGGCUGAAAAGAAGCGCUUUGAGCAGUUCCCUUCGAGACCUUUCUGAUGCUGGUAAGCGAGGGAGGCGUAACAGCGCUGGAUCCUUGGACAGCACCAUUGAAGGUUCUAUAAUUAGCAGCCCGCGCCCUCACCAGAGGCUUCCAGUUCCGCCUCCCCCUCCUCCAGAGGAGUACAAGUCACCCAGACCAGUUUCCAACUCAUCUUCUUUCCUGGGCUCGUUGUUUGGUAGCAAGCGAGGAAAAGGCCCCUUCCAGAAUAUGCCACCUUCUUCUCUGCCUCCCCACCCCCUUAGCCCACCGGCAGUAUCAGAUGGUCAAUCCAAAAUCCAGGCACUGCACGCUCAGUACUGCCAUAGUCAGGGGGUGUUGGCUCAGGCUCCGCCACCAUACCAUUCACAGCCUCCAUCUUCUGCACCUCCACAUCAGCCACCACCUCCUCCCUCUCAUCGCUACCAUGUACCUCCAUCUUCUGCUCAGUUCACACUUCAACGUCCUGGUCAACAGAAAAGACCACCUGGAGCCGGACAGCCAAUUCCUCCCAGCUCUCCUCACCCACAGUACACUUUGCAUGGCAGACAUCCUUCCAACCAGCCUCAAUCUCCACUACCUAUGUAUGGCGCUGCACCCCAGCAUACAAUGACUCACACCUACCCUCAACACAUGCAUCAGUCCCAGCACUCCAUGCAGAAGCAGCCCCCAAAGCACUUUGUGUUUAGUCAUCAUCCUUCUGCCAUGCCCCAACCCCCACAACGCCCCACACAGUCCCAGUAUGGUCAACAACAUCCCAUUCCUCACAACCAGUCACCUUGCUCCCCCAUCUCACCCAUUCCCCCCCACCCAUCUUAUCCACCGUUGCCUCCUCCCUCUCCGCACACACCACACACCCCUCUCACUCCUCAUUCACCCCUUCCCCCUACAUCUCCACUGCCACAACAUGCUUCCCAUCACCCCAUGGGGACCAACACGUCCACGGGAAACCCAAAACAAAAGCCCGUCAACAGAAUUAGCACAGUUGUGUGAGAGGCUGUGGAGCCCUGUGUGUGUUCAGGGAUAGGCGCAAGUUGUUAAGGUUGUGCGGCAUGCACAUCUGGACGAAGAGACGGAGCCUCAGCUGCACGUCAUGACUUCUUCACUUGCAGGACAGAGACACAGUUGGUUUAUGAAUCAAUGGGACAUUUAUAUAGCAAAAGCCAAGAUGUGAUGUCUCCACUCCAACAGAAGCUCUAUCUUCCCUUUCCUACUCUGCAUGGUAGAUCCAUUAGAGUAGUAGGUUCCAUCUCUGCUUUAAGGUUCCUGGCUCCCACAACAGCUAAGGGCCCGGGGUGGACAGCUCAUGACUUGAGGAUGGUAUUAGGGUGGGUGAUGUCCUUGGAUAAGGUGCUGUUGUAAGGUGAUUGUUUUAUUAUUUUGUUAGCAGGUUCAUUUACCUUCUCACUGCGACAUGUGUGAGUAUGUGUGUAGCGGGUGUGCCUGUGCAUUCAGGAGACAUUCUCUGGUAGAUGUGGCUGAAGCCCAUCUUUGCUGCUACUAAAGGGGCAUCUGAAUGUGAGUGUGAAGGGGCAAGCAUGAGCCCUGAAGUGUAUGCCCAGGACUGUUCAAUGCCAUAGUCAGGCUUUCUAAUGACUGAUCUGGGGACCUCAUGAAGUCUUUCACCCUGUCAGGUGCCACCAAAGCAAUGCUUCAAUGGACUGUCAUUGAAAAGAACUUAAACUUGUUCCCCUAAAUAAUGUGAGGUCGAGGGUAGAAACCACUAAAUGCAGGAAUAGACUUCCCCUGCACUAUCAUUACGUAUGUGUAUAUAGCAAGAGAAUUCAGUAUGACAGGAGAUAGUUCUCUGUCCUGCGUCCUCCCAGCACAGACUCCGCAUUCGCUGCUUCCUUUACAAAACUUAUAUGCAGAGAGCUUUAUAAAGAGUAAUAGAUCUAUAUUAAUAUAUAUUUAAAGUAUAUAUUUCCACACACAAGGCAGCACUUGCGCUUUGGGCUGGUAACGUAUAUAAAUGAUCAGCUCUUCUGGUAAAAAAUAAAUAAAAAAAGAAUCAGCCUAAACAAAAGAGCAACGUCUUAACCCCAGGGAGAAAAAAAAAAACGGCCAUACACCAUUCCAGUUUUUACUGGCUCCAGCAUCUCUCCAGGUUUUUAAAUCUCUCAUUUGUGACUCAAGCAAAUUCAUAAUCUUCUUGUUUCUUUCUUAGCCAGAUUUUCUACAUAAUUGGUUUGCUCUUGGACAGCAGUAAAUCACCCAUUUACCAAAGCCUGCCCCAUAAUGCUUUGUUUUUAUAGCUCCCGUCCGUUUCAUCAGUGAUUUUCCACAUAUAUCUCAAUGUAAGCGUACUUUAUUUAACAUAUCAGUCACAUGCCUUACAUGAGCACAUAAUACUGUUGUCAAAUCUCUGCAUUUUCUCUAUAACUGCAGGUGAGGGUUUUAUUUUUUAUUAAAUAUCUCCCCAUUAUAGCAAACAAAACAUUGUUAAUUAGGACAAUUUACCUAAACUGAUUCAUAUUCUAGAAUAUUAACAUAUUCUUGUAUGGUACAUACCAUAACAUUAAUCCUAAUAUGAUAUUGAACAUAAAAAUAAGUGUGUGUGUAUAUAUAUAUAUAUAUAUAUAUAUAUAUAUAUAUAUAUAUAUGUAUGUGUGUGUGUGUGUGUGUAUAUAUAUAUAUAUAUGUGUGUGUGUGUAAUUAUAUAUAUAUAUGUAUGUGUUUAUAUAUAUAUAUAUAUAUAUAUAUAUAUAUAUAUAUGUGUGUGUGUAUAUACAUUGUUGUUGAGGGAUGUGAAAGAAAGCAGUUUAAAUGCUUUUAUAUUCAUUUAUUUAUUGUUUUUUAAAGCCACCAAAUAUAGCCAAAGCUAUACAUUAAAAUAUUAUUUGACCUUAAAUAAAAAAAUAACAAUAACAUUUUAGGUAGAAUUGCAAUAUGCAUUCAUUUAUUUUGCUUAAUUUUACUGUGUGUUACCUUAGCUAAUGGUGCUUUUUCCCAAUCACGUGUCCUCUGAUUGGCUAAAGCUUAAUAGACCAGGAAUACACAUUCCAGAGUUCUGUAGGGGUGUAUCACUGCACUGCUCUGGAUAUGCAAUGCUUGCUAUUUUUCCAAAGCUGCCAGUGUUUAAAGUUAAAAUCCUUUUUUCUUUUUGGCAUGCAAAUCUUUUGCAAUACAGUGCUGAUAUAUACUAUGCAUACAUAAACAUUUCACGUAUGUCCCUUUAAAUAACUUAAUUACAUUUGUACUUAAACAAGUGCCUAUUAUUAAGGAAUACUCCUAGGAAGGUGAAAUGGAAGGGAGUUUAGACAAUCAGGUAGCAUUGAGCCAUAUAAACCAUUAACCUCUCCCUCCUAAAUUUUACCUGGGGUUUCCUUUUAUUUAAAAUGUGUUUGACCCCCCUUAAAUGUAUGAGACAGUCACAGGACUAAUGUAAAUAGUAUGAAGCAGGAAAACACAAAAAGCAAGCUGUAAUUUAAAGAAAAAAUAAAGACUAAGCAAGCACAUUUAGCAGAAGCCGUUCCACCUUAUGAUUUAUUGCUCCCUCUUGCAAACUUUCACUGUCUUGAGGCCUGAUCCCCAGUAUAAAACUACAUGUGGGGAUAGGAGUGUAUUAGCUGACAUAGGAAUUCACUUAAAGCCGUGCUGGGCAACUAUCGGCCCUCCAGAUGUUAUGGACUACAUCUCCCAUAAUACUCUUUCAGAGAUAAUGCAGGCAAAGCAUCAUGGGAGAUGUAGUCCAUAACAUCUGGAGGGCCGGUAAUUGCCCACCCUUGACUUAAAGGGACACUAAACCCAUUUUUUUUCUUUAAUGAUUCAGAUAGAGCAGCAAUUUUAUACAACUUUUUAAUUUACUCCUAUCAUUUUUUUUCCGUUCUCUUGCUAACUAUAUUUAAAAAGCAGGAAUUUAAAGCUUAGGAGCCAGCCCAUUUUUUGUUCAGCACCCUGGAUAACGCUUGCUUAUUGGUGGCUACAUUUGGCAAACCAAUAAGCAAGCACAACCCAGGUUCUCAAUAAAAAAUGGGCCAGCAUCCUUAGCUUUGCAUUCCAGCUUUUUAAAUAAAGAUAGCAAGAGAAUGAAGAAAAAUUGAUCAUAGAAGUAAACUAGAAAGUUGCUUAAAAUUGUGUUCUCUGUCUGAAUCAUUAAAGAAAAAAAUGUGGGUUUAGUGUCCCUUUAACUGUUCUAAAUUUUAACUGGUCUAAUUGUUUUGCUGUAGGUUUCAGAUACAGUAUGUAAAGUCUUGCGCAGUACAUGUGACAACUUAGUGGCGAGGCAGUUUGGUUAGCAAGUUAGUGCCCAUCUAAAAUUGUUACUUUUUUUUUUACCCCAUUAAAAUUCAAUUUAAAAAAAAAUAAAAAAAAUUAGCCUUGUAGUGUUUACAUUUUUAGAACGCUCCUUUAGGCUUAAAAAAAACUAAUUAUCUUUCUAUCAGAUUGUGCAAUAAAAUUCACUCAGAACAUAGGAGCUUUACCAUUCCAAAACUCCUUCCAUAAAGUAAUGCACUUUAUAUCUUAAGUAAUUGUGUAAAUUACCUCAGUUGUUUAGUAUUGCACUAUUAUCGAGAUUAAUUGUUUAAACAUAUCGAGUCUGAGAAUAAUGCACGCACAUUUUCAGUUUCUCCUAGGCUGACAUUUUUAACCACGUAGGGGGGACAAGCAAGUGUUAGAGUUCAAAGCUGGCGAAUUACCGACCUUAGUGGUAUAAAGUAGUCCGUGUACCAUCAGUAUGUUUGCUAUAUGUGUGAAUGUAUUACAAAGGAUUACUUUUGUACUUUGAAAAUAUUUUACACUUUUUGCUGUUUUUGUUGUUGUUUUGUUUUUAAACUUUCACGUCAAAAAAACCACACACAAAAAUAGGCAACACAUAAACAUAUGAAAAUAUUAUAUUUAGCAUGAAAGAAGAAAAAUAUAUUAACAUACCCUAUUUUAGAUGCAACAAAAUAUAUAUACUUGUGUAUUUUUUUUUCCUUUUCCAUUUAUGGUGCAGUUUUAGCAUAAGGGGCAUCUAAAAAAAAUAAGGUAAUGUGUGUCAGAAUAACAAAAAAACGAUUUAAACCCACUGUUCUAGGGAAAUGCAGAAAUUAGGAACAUUAUGACGCCCUGAAAAAAAAAAAGGAUUACAAUCAAUAACAUAUAAUCAAUAUAAAUUCAAACAAUUGCCUUUUUUUAAUUAAGUAAAAUAAUUAGUGUCCUUUAUUGUAAUUAAAUACAAUAUUUGUUAGAGACAAAACUACUGAGCUUGCUUUUCCACAGAAGCGUGAGAUUUAAAAACCAGCGACAGGUUUAACUUUAUUUGAGAUCUGAAGCCAGUUUUAAAUCCUGAGCCCUUUAGUGUAAAAAAAUGAGUGUUUUACAUUUUUAUUUUCUUGACGGGAUCAGUUAAACACCUUUCUACUUUUUAUUGAUGGUUUCCUCCCCGUUAUGUAUGCUCCUAGCAUGCCUGUGGUGUGCGGCUUGCAAGCACAGCACUACUGUACAGACUUGGAUGUGUGUAUAAAAUAUAUAUAUAUAUAUUUAUGAUAAAUAUUUCCUAUGGAAUGGUUAUCCAGCCUGUGCCGGGUGGGACAUUAGGGGAGGGUGGGGGUUGGGAGUACGGGACAGGUAUCUUGUCCUAUUUGGUAAUAUUAUUUUGUUCUGUUUUUGCGCCCAAUUCAGGGCGCAUUUAUUUUUGUGUAGAUCGUCGUCAAGAUGGGGAGGGCAAUACAAAAUAUGUAUGGAAACCAGAUUGUAUAUAUUGUGUAUAUUUAAUGCUUCAGAAAUUGAAAAAAAAGUAUGUUACUGGUGUGUA